CUAAUUGUAAAACCUAAACAUCUGAAAGUUAAUGCUCAGAAUGUGUUUCAGGGUAUGUUUUAAUUAAUAAUUAAUGCUUCAAAUAAAUAGCUAAUUGUAAAACCUAAUAAUCUGAUACUUAAUGCUCAGAUUGUGUUUCAGGCUAAUUGUAAAACCUAAACAUCUGAAAGUUAAUGCUCAGAAUGUGUUUCAGGGUAUGUUUUAACUAAUAAUUAAUGCUCCCAAUAAAUAGCUAAUUGUAAAACCUAAUAAUCUGAUACUUAAUGCUCAGAUUGUGUUUCAGGGUAUGUUUUAAUUAGUAAUUAAUGCUUCAAAUAAAUAGCUAAUUGUAAAACCUAAACAUCUGAAAGUUAAUGCUCAGAAUGUGUUUCAGGGUAUGUUUUAACUAAUAAUUAAUGCUUCAAAUAAAUAUCUAAUUGUAAAACCUAAUAAUCUGAAAGUUAAUGCUCAGAAUGUGUUUCAGGGUAUAUUUUAAUUAAUAAUUAAUGCUCCCAAUAAAUAGCUAAUUGUAAAACCUAAUAAUCUGAUACUUAAUGCUCAGAAUGUGAUUCAGGGUAUGUUUUAACUAAUAAUUAAUGCUUCAAAUAAAUAACUAAUUGUAAAACCUAAACAUCUGAAAGUUAAUGCUCAGAAUGUGUUUCAGGGUAUGUUUUAAUUAGUAAUUAAUGCUACUAAUAAAUAGCUAAUUGUAAAACCUAAAUAUCUGAAAGUUAAUGCUCAGAAUGUGUUUCAGGGUAUAUUUUAACUAAUAAUUAAUGCUCCUAAUAAAUAGCUAAUUGUAAAACCUAAUAAUCUGAUACUUAAUGCUCAGAAUGUGUUUCAGGGUAUGUUUUAAUUAGUAAUUAAUGCUUCAAAUAAAUAGCUAAUUGUAAAACCUAAACAUCUGAAAGUUAAUGCUCAGAAUGUGUUUCAGGGUAUGUUUUAACUAAUAAUUAAUGCUUCAAAUAAAUAUCUAAUUGUAAAACCUAAUAAUCUGAUACUUAAUGCUCAGAUUGUGUUUCAGG